CGCCACGGCGCAUGCUCCGGAAUCAUCCUCCGGCCUCGGAGCUGCUGCUGCUGCUGCUGCUGCCGCCGCUGCUGCUGCUUUUUGGGGGCUGAGUUUAAUAAGCGAGCGAGCGCGGGGUGGGGGCAAAAAAGAAAGAAAAAAAAAGGCAGAGAAUGUCCGCCAUCUACCCUCCGCUCCCGGGCGCGCUCUCAUUCAUAGCAGCCUCUUCAUGAAUUACAGCUGAGGGGGGGGCGGGGGAGGGGGUACCACACAGCACCCCAGCAAACCUCCGGGCCCCCAGGCAUGGCUAGCUCGGUAAGUACAUGCAAAAAUAAUAAUAAAAGACCACCCUCUCCCCUCCCUCUCCCUGCGCCGCCGCCGCCGCAGCCCAGACAGCGCCAGCGCUCCGCGGUUCCAAUUAGAGAAAGGUUGGUUCGGCUUGCAGGGAGCUGCUGCCUCUCCCCAGCCUCCGCUCCCCUCCUCCCCCAGCCCGGCGCGCGCGCACACUCACACACUCACACACACACUCGCACACACUCGCCGCCACCCCUCGCGCCUCCCUCCCUCCUCGCCUCUUUGCAAUCGCAAGAAGCGCACUUACACCCUCGCUCUCGCUCACACGCGCGCACUCACACACACACACUCGCACACGGUGGAAGGAGGCGAAUAAUAACUCAGCCAUAUUUCAGCCGCCGCCGCCGGGAGCUGCGGGCACGGUCGGGGGACGCGGCGAGCAGCCUCGGCGGCCGCACCUCCGCAAAACGCCGCGGCCGCUACGAUGUGUGCCGUGCAGGUGAAGCUGGAGCUGGGGCACCGCGCCCAGGUGAGGAAAAAACCCACCGUGGAGGGCUUCACCCACGACUGGAUGGUGUUCGUGCGCGGCCCGGAGCACAGUAACAUACAGCACUUUGUGGAGAAAGUCGUCUUCCACUUGCACGAAAGCUUUCCUAGGCCAAAAAGAGUGUGCAAAGAUCCACCUUACAAAGUAGAAGAAUCUGGGUAUGCUGGUUUCAUUUUGCCAAUUGAGGUUUAUUUUAAAAACAAGGAAGAACCGAAGAAAGUUCGCUUUGAUUAUGACUUAUUCUUGCAUCUUGAAGGCCAUCCACCCGUGAAUCACCUCCGCUGUGAAAAGCUAACUUUCAACAACCCCACAGAGGAUUUUAGAAGAAAGUUGCUGAAGGCAGGAGGGGAUCCUAAUAGGAGCAUCCAUACCAGCAGCAGCAGCAGCAGUAGCAGCAGCAGCAGCAGUAGCAGUAGCAGCAGCAGCAGCAGCAGCAGUAGCAGUAGCAGCAGCAGCAGCAGCAGCAGCAGCAGUAGCAGUAGCAGCAGCAGCAGCAGUAGUACCAGUUUUUCAAAGCCUCACAAAUUAAUGAAGGAGCACAAGGAAAAACCCUCUAAAGACUCCAGAGAACAUAAAAGUGCCUUCAAAGAACCUUCCAGGGAUCACAACAAAUCUUCCAAAGAAUCCUCUAAGAAACCCAAAGAAAAUAAACCACUGAAAGAAGAGAAAAUAGUUCCUAAGAUGGCCUUCAAGGAACCUAAACCCAUGUCAAAAGAACCAAAACCAGACAGUAAUUUACUCACCAUCACCAGUGGACAGCAAGAUAAGAAGGCUCCUAGUAAAAGGCCCCCAAUUUCAGAUUCAGAAGAACUUUCAGCCAAAAAAAGAAAAAAGAGUAGCUCAGAGGCUCUAUUUAAAAGUUUUUCUAGUGCACCACCGCUGAUACUCACUUGUUCUGCUGAAAAAAAACAGAUAAAAGAUAAAUCUCAUGUCAAGAUGGGAAAGGUCAAAAUUGAAAGUGAGACAUCAGAGAAGAAAAAAUCAACUUUACCACCAUUUGAUGACAUUGUGGAUCCCAAUGAUUCAGACGUGGAGGAGAAUAUGUCCUCUAAAUCUGAUUCUGAACAACCCAGUCCUGCCAGUUCCAGCUCCAGCUCCAGCUCUAGCUUCACUCCGUCCCAGACCAGACAACAAGGUCCUUUAAGGUCUAUAAUGAAAGAUUUGCAUUCCGAUGACAAUGAGGAAGAAUCAGAUGAGGCAGAGGAUAAUGACAAUGACUCAGAGAUGGAGAGACCUGUAAAUAGAGGAGGCAGCAGAAGUCGCAGAGUUAGCUUAAGUGAUGGCAGUGAUAGUGAAAGCAGUUCUGCGUCUUCACCUCUACAUCAUGAACCCCCACCACCUUUAUUAAAAACCAACAACAACCAGAUUCUUGAAGUGAAAAGUCCAAUAAAGCAAAGCAAAUCAGAUAAGCAAAUAAAGAAUGGUGAAUGUGACAAGGCAUACCUAGAUGAACUGGUAGAGCUUCACAGAAGGCUGAUGACGCUGAGGGAAAGACACAUUUUACAGCAGAUCGUGAACCUCAUAGAAGAAACUGGACACUUUCAUAUCACAAACACAACAUUUGAUUUUGAUCUUUGCUCGCUGGAUAAAACCACAGUCCGUAAACUACAGAGUUACCUGGAAACAUCUGGAACAUCCUGAGGAUACAACUGGAUGCAUCAAAAACUCUUGGAUUUUGUUUUUUUUUUGGGGGGGGUGGGUGUGAUUUUUGUUGUUGUUGUUUAUAUGAAAACAGUCAGAAUGAUGCAACCAAAAGGGAAAAAAUAAAAAUCAAACAACCUUCAGCUUUAUUUUUCUUUAAAGCCAGUCAUCAUCUCUUGACAAAGGAGAGGUUAAGCAAACCAGCCUCAGCAGACCACUCUUCUCUCCAAGGAAAUCCCCGGGAAGAGUUAGCCUGGAUAGCCUUGAAAACAAACAGAUCCAACACAACACAAGAAAACUUAAAGAAUGUGUAUGGUAUCUUAUAUCUCUCUUUCUGGUAGUUCGUUCCAAAGGACGAAUGCAUAUUCAACACACUGCCUUAUUACAUAACUGAUCUAUUUAUUAUCGCAUACAGAUAUCCUAAAGUCUUUGGGAGAAUGAUACCAGACAUAAGUACUUGGUCUCAUGGAUGCUCUUUCAAUGCAGCACCCUUGCCAUCCCAAACCCAGUGACCUUACUCGUGUACCAUGCCACUCUCCAACAAAUUCUUCUAAGUCCUUAACAUGUUGCAGUCUCUGUUUUCCACUUUUUGUUUUUCCAGUUCCAGGACACAAAUUAUCAACUGGGGGUUGAGAGGGUAGGCGCCAGGGAGGGCCCAAAUAACCACCUUGAUUUUCUUCUUUGUGGUCUUGUUCCUGAAAGUUGGAACCUUGCCCAUGGCUGUAUCCGUGUCAUGAUCCCGGACCAUGGUAGAAAAUGCACCAAAUAGGAUCAUACGAAUUCCUCUCUAGCCUUAGUCAAUAAGCCCAUAGGACUUUAAAACAAAAGUGUACCUGUAAAUGUCCUGAAUCUAGCAUUGUUGAGCUGCCAUCAACAUGCUUGUGUCUGUUUCCUGUCGUAAGAUUAGGUAAAUAUGGAUGUAAAGGCAUUCUACAGGAUCAUCAUUUUUAAAAAGAAAAGAAAUCUGUUUUCUAAACAAAUGUUGUAGAAAAUCUUGAUUUGGAUAUAUUUAUUAGUAAGAGAUUCAGCUUUCUUUAGCUGCAAAUGUGUUACUCAUCUUUACAGCAAAACUUGGAAUAAGAGAUUUUGGUUUGUUCAUAAAUGAUUCUCCUAGACUGUUUUAUAUUUGAAAAAUUAAAACCUUUGGGGAGAAAUUCUUGGUUAUUCUGCCAUAAAAGUUUAUGUAUUAACUUGUAGAGUCAUGGUUUGGUAUCUGUUUAGUUACUAAUGUGACAAAAAGGUUUCUUGUAUUGGUGAAAGUAAAGAUGAUUGGGGAGUGGGAAUAUUUUCUUUUUUCUUCUUGUUGUACAUGUUUUGAAACUAGAAAUCUGUCCUGUGGCAUGCAAAAGAAAGCAUUAUUUUUAAAAGAAAAAGAAAAACACGUAAUACUUUUGGUGUCAUUAUUCUGUCUUCUCUGUAAAUGGAAACAUGGAAAGGGAGAAUAGCUUCCAAGUUUCACUAGAAAACUCAACUGAAAAGACAAGAAAUGAAGAAAUGCUUCCGGAUCCAAAGGUUCAUCACUGGGUCAGCCUUAAGAAAGUCUGUGUGCUCAUCAAUGAAUAUCGCCCUUGCUUGUUCCUGUGGUGCCGGAUGCUGGCUUUUCAUCCAGAUACUAACUAAUGUGUGUACAGAAAAUGGGCUUUCCAUACCCAUUCGUUGGAGUAGUAAUGUAAAUGCAGAUUGAUGAUGGAUUAUUUCUGCAUUUUAAAAGGGGGAUUUUUUUUUACACUGUUUCUGUCUAUCCAAAGAAACUAUUUUUUUCCUUUAAAACAAUUAUGAAACCACCAUGAUCCUUGUAAAUUACUUUUAUGAAGUGUCUUCCCAGAGGACAAGUGUACUUUUUUAAGAAUGUUGGGCUUUUUAAUGAUUGGCAUGAACCGUACUUGAGGCAUUUGUUGUGUCAUCCACUUCUUGAUGUAUAAUUGCGGAGGUACUUUCUGAGUCAUUUUAGACAUUAGUUAACCAUUCAGAUGAAUGAUGAAUCAUGUGGCUUAGCUGUGUUUUAUUUUUAACUUGAGCAAAAGGAAAGGGCAAUACCUAUGUGGAAAUGUUUGCAAAAUUUCUUACUGUGUAUUGAUGUAUUUUAAUUAAACCAGAAUUUAUGUGGUUUAAUUAAUAUACCUGUGUGUUUUAAACUACAUUUGAUCUUAGCCAAAAGGCCAAGAAGCAGUUCUGUGCUUUUUAAACUAAGAACUUAUACAUGUAGUUUGGGCCAUUUUUAUUUCUGUAACUGUUUUUUGUAAGAGCUGCUUUUUUUUUUUCCUUUAGUUACUAGAAAGGAACUAGGUCAGACAAAAAAUUUCCAAAAAUAGGAGGAGAGGGAAGAAAAUGAUAAUGGCAGCUAUUUAGUGAUAAACUUUAGAUCUGAAAACUAAGUAGAAAAGCAAAUGUCUUCAACAUAUAAAAUAUGAGUUUUCAAAUUGAUGAUAAAAUCCAGAGGAAUUUUUAAUUUAAUACCCUUAAGACAACAGCUUUUCACAGAAUUUUGAUCAGGAAAGUGUCAUGUCGUUUUUUCUAAAGUGAUACUCUUACUGUCAUCAUCUUAUUUUUUUAAAUACAGAAAAUGCAAAUCUUUUUAAUUGAUCUUAGAGUUGUAAUAACUCCCUUCAAGUAACCCACUUGAUUCUGCUGUAUUUUAUACACUCAAAUUUGAAACUCAUUAAGAACACCUUUGACACACAUAACCUAACAAUGGGCUUUGAUUUAUUUUUAAGCACAAGAAGGAAAUGGCAGGUUUAAUUUCUUAGCUGUGAAUGUGUGUGUACACACAUACAUAUCUAUAAAUAGUUCAAAUAAAAUUGUGAAGUUUGGACAACCAGAGUAUGAUAAACUUUCUUUGCCAUUAAUAUAUACAGGAAGAACAAUAUUCACAUAGAACUUCUGUUCCUCCUUAUUAGCUUUUGCCUCUGGUUUGAAGCAAGCGAUAUUUGAGCAGAGAUCUUUCUGUCUUAGGUUAUAACAGACAUGGUAGCAAACAAACAAAAACAGGUUUGCAAUUAUUUUUGUCUUUAAUACAACCUGCCUCUCUUACCGUUAGAUUAAUAAAUAGAUAUGUCUAGAUAUGCUUGCGUAUUGUGUCCAGGUAGGGAAGAACAUAAAAACCACACAUAUUGGGAGACAAAAUCUUCAGAAAAAUCUUGUUCAGAGAGUUUCCUAAACAUUUUUUAAUUGCUAAGCAAAUCUAUUGAAUCUGAAUAAUUGCCUUUCUGUAAGAAGGGUCAAUAAAGUUCUAGUAGUGAAAGGUUUCUUCCACUAGAAACAUUUUUUGUUGGAUGCCUUUUAUAUAUCUACCUGACCUUCAAAAAAAUUACCCAUUACCAUCCCAAGCCCAACAAAUGUUGUUAAAAUAACUGUUGUGGGGAUACUACUUGUAGAAUGUUUUCACCUUACCUGCCUAAUGCAGUUGGAUAUUUGGUGUUGGGAAUGGUCAGUGUCUGUGUUUGGUGGCUUGUGCUCAUUUUUCUCACUGUGGAAGUGAUCAGCUCUGGAGUAAUUUGCCAUGUGCUGAUGACUUCCAUUCUUUCGCGUUUUGUGUAAUAAUGCUGUGUUUGCUCUUCUAUUUAUAUAUAUAUACACGUAUAAAUAUUAUAUCAGUGCUCUUGCCGUGGACUGUUGUUCUAAAGCUAUGACUAUGAUGUAGAGACUACUACAGCUGCAGUGAAUGUUAAGAAGUCAAUUCCCGUGGUUGAGUUUAGCAUCGGGCCCAAUGUCUCUCUCUCUUGAUCUCUUUUGUUUUAUAUGAUGCUUCUUAUUAUGUAGGCUCUGCCAUCCCUGAUUAUUCCUUAAGAAGAUGCAUCAAAGAAGAGGUGAAUUCAAAAGGAAGACAAAGCCACCACUGUCUGUAAACUGUAAAUAUGUAUUUUGGCACUUGUACUCCAGUAUUCAUGAAAAUAGUCAUGGGAAUGUUGACAGAUCCUUAAUAGUGGCCAGAGCUACCAUGCAGUGAAAAAGUAAAUUCAGUAAAAAUGUAUUGUUGAGAUUAACAGUGCAGGGCCGACACGUUUUAUAAAUCUGUCAGUAUCUUUUCAAUGGUGUGUAUAUGUGUAGUUACAUUGAAAGAAAACUGUGUGUGUACAUGGUUUCAUGUGAAUUACAAAGCACACAUAAGAUGUAUUUCCCAGCUCUACAACCUAUGUUGAAAUGUAAGUACAGAUGAACAGAAAUAGGUGUUUUACUUAAAUUUGUUUCUAAUC